UUAUUUUAUAUUGACAUGUGUAGGGUCGUUAAUAGCUUUAAUACUGUUAAUAUCGCGCCAAUAGGGUUAUUUCAGGAUCAAAUUAGUGAUCCGCUCGAUCUGAAAUCAGCAAACGGCUCCCCGGAAAAUCGAGUCGACUCAAGGGGUUUGUUCAAAAGAGUCGGUUUAAGGAAUCGACUCUUUGCCCGAAGGGCCCAGUAUAGUGUGUGUGUAUACAGAGGUUUCAGGCUCUCUCACUUUGAUGUCUGUGGAUGGGAGGAUGGAGGCGGAGCCUCUGAAGGGGCAGCAGGAGGAAGUGGAUGUGUCGGGGGUGUGUAGUGGGCGGAGCUGUAAACAGCAGGUGUGUGAGGAGAAGUUAUCAGGGUGGCGCACUGCAGCCUUCCUCAUCUCCAUCUUCAUCUCCCUCACUGUGGUGUUCGCCUUCUCCUUCAUCCUGCCCUGCCCUGUCAGACCACAGUACCUGCCCACCUGGAACAUCACACAGCCUGCUGAAGACACGUAUGACUUCCUGGGCACUGGUUAUGCAAAUGAUGACAAAGUGCUGGACAUAUUUAUCAUUUAUAAGAGUUCAGAGGGUCACAUGAACCACACUGGGGAAGACUUGUCCUCCUCGUAUCUCUUCCUACUCUCAGUUGAUGGCACUAAUGGACGGGCUCUAUGGGAACGCCCUCUCUCUCCUGAAUUUGAUUGGGCAGAAUGUGGAGUGGGCGGAGACAAAGAUCAAGGAGGAAACCUCUGUGUGGUGUCUCACGAUAACAAACUCACUACUAUUGACUUACACACAGGUAAAAUCCUGUGGAAUGGUUCUCUCUCUCCGGAUGUUAAAGUUCACCCCCCAGUCAUCAGUCUGCUGGAUCUGAACCAAGACAAGAACAACGACAUUGGCGUCCUGAGUUACUCACACAAUACACAGUCACAGGUGAAGUUGGUGAUCCUCUCAGGGAGAUCAGGUGAGAAGAUCGGCUCUAAGAGUCUGAAUGUGCCUCAAGAGCAGAUAAGAUCUCACCUACAGUUCAGCAUGGCGAAUGAAGAACAGUAUCUCCUGCUCCACACAGACAGUGGACUGUAUGCGUUGAGUUUGAAGAACAUUACAGUGGAAACUCACUCUGGUCUCGAUUCUAAUCUGAAGAGAGAGAAGAGGAGCUGGGAGCAAAGAGCUAACCAUGAGACAACCAUGAUAUACAAUUCUACAGAGUCUCUGCAGGCUGUGGUGAAGGUGAGCGGUGGAUACUCAGGUUCAUCUCCCUCACUGCUCCUCCUCACAAACUCCACUGUAAUGCUUUUCAACACAAAAACACUUACCUGGAGCACCAACACGAGCAAGCUGAUCAGUCUGCCAUCAUUUGGACACUUCAACAAAGAUGGAGUUCCUGAUGUUGUGCUUGAGGAGGACCAGGGAAACUUCACUAAGAGAGUGGUGAUUGUAGAUGGCCAGACGGGCAGUGUGAUGUGGAAGAUCUUCUUCCCGUUCCACUUCAAAACCACUCAUCCAGCUUCUGUCCUCACACUCAACUACUACUCAGUGUUUAUGCUGUGGGGAGAAACAUCCACCAAUGAUACGACCGUAGGAGAACGUUCUUCGUAUCUGCUCCACCCACUCCAUUCUGAUGUCUUGCUGGAGAAGAGAAACCAUGUCCAACACAUCAUCGCUUUUAAAGCACUCCUGUUGGAGCGAGGCCGUCAUGCCUGUUACCUCGUCCUGAGCCGAGAGGACGGAGUGAUGGUUCUCACAAAGCGGAAGAUCAAAGGGGACGUAUCUAAAAGCGCUGUCUUGGAAGUGGGCGGAGACGGGUGGCUGGAGGGCGGAGCCUCGUGGCAAACGGAGACUGUGAAAGAAUCGUUUCUCAGGCUGAGGUUCAGCGAUCAGUCUUCAUGAUGAUUAGAUCUGCUGUGUGUACUACUGAUCUGAGAGGUGUGUGUGUGUGUGAGUGUGUGUGUGUGUGUGUGUGUGUGUGUGUGUGGUUUAUUAUUAUAGCUGCAGAAUGUAAACACUGUGCCUUACAGCUCGCUCAUUCCCCGUGUUAUAGUUCUGUAAAAGGAAAAGCGGAAAUUAUCACUCAAUCAGUGUGUGAAAGAAAAGACACAAAACUGUGAUUUAAAAUCAAAAAAGAUUUUUGAUAAAUUAAGAAAUAGAUAAACAUAUAAUACAGUAAAUGAUUAAGAACGCCUUCCUGCUCUGAAUGUGCUACUGGAGGGAGAUAUGGUGUGUGUGUGUGUGUGUGUGUGUGUGUGUGUGUGUGUGUGUGUGUGUGUGUGAACCUGGACAUGAGGUGUGGCUCUGCUGCUGAAUUUCUUCAAAUGCUGGAAACUAAAUAGUGUUAAUGUGUAAUAAAAACUGACAUCAAACAA